CCCCGCCGCGGGAGCGGUGCUGGUUAACACUGCAAUCCAGCAGAACAUCACCCCACUCCAGCAACAAAUGGCGGAACAGAGCCAGCUUUUGGCCUCCAUGGCCAAAGUAAUGACAGCUGGCCAAAAUCCGGCAGCCACCAUUCUGUCGCCAGCCGAGGCGGGGGCGGCAUCGGUUGCACCAGACAAGGCAAAAAGAAGCAAGGAAAAAAGGAAGAAGAAGGACGACAGCUCAAGCUCAAGUUCCUCAUCGAGCAGUGACAACGAGGCACCGGAGUGGUUGCGGUGUACCGUAGUGACAGGAAAUGGUCGUGAUUUUAUUGUUCGAGACACCCUCAAAAUUACACCCGAAAUUAUUUGUGAAACUUUUGAAUUCGUGAGAAGCCAACGCAACCGAAGCAACGGUGCCUGCAAUAUUCGUUAA